AUGUUUGAGAAGGGGUUGGAGGUGGGAAGGAGGUUGACGGGAAGGUGCCCAGGGCUUAAUCCCAACACGCAGGGGGUGAUGCUGGAAGAAAACUGCUGCCCAGACCAUGCUGUACCGGCUAAAGGCUCUUGGUCCUUCUGGGAGCCUUUAGUUGCCUCUCUCCAGCUUGUCUCUGGUCCAAGGUGUUGUCCUGCCUGCACAGUGGGUGACCAGAUGCUGAGCAGCCCAACUCUGGGUUGUCUGGGGUCUGUGCUUUCAUUUUGCUCUCUUAAAUCUCUUCAUCGUCUCUUGCAAUCAAUCUUCCUCCAGAAGAGAGCCCAGUGCCUUGAAAUCACUCUAAGCCUGUUGCUGCUCACGCCAGCCGCUUCCCAGAGGUUUAAUCCUGACCACGGCUCCUGCCUGCACUGCCUGGCUGGUGGCAGGAGCCCGGCUGCCCUUGCUUUGGCACCUCACGGGCAGUGUGUCCCCAGCUUGAUGGGGACAACAUCUCCCAGGCGCGUUUCACCUCCCCAGCCCGGGCAGAGGAGCCGGGAUCCCACUCCGUGACGCCGCGGAGGGCGCAUGGAGAGGGGCUCUUCUGCUGAGACGCGGCGGGUGCCGCGGCCCCCCAAGCAGCACGGCCAGAGCAGCGGCCGAACCCCUGCGCUGCUGGAGCACCCCGAGGCCGCUCGGCCCCACGCCAUCCUGGAGAGUAAGGUGAAGGCGCUGAAGGAGAAGCGGGGGGGCGGCCGGCUGGGGACCCCCGCAGCCGCUCCCGAGCGCCCCUCGCCCAAGAAGCCCCGGCCCCGGCGGGGGAAGCCGGGGGCGGACAUGGCGGCAGUGGAGCCGCGGGCUCAGCUCCGCACCUACCUGACAGACGGGCUGCUGGACGGUGGGGAGCCUGUGGCCGGCGGCCCCCCAGCCCCGGCACCCCGCGCUGGCACCCCGGGGCUCUGGCGGGUGCCGGCACCCAGGGUAGAUGUGCCGGGAGGCACCGAGCUCCCCCGGGAUGAGGGCAGCGGGUCCCGGGGCUCUGCCUCCCACCAUGAGAGCUCCCCCCUGGAAGAAGAGGCACGAACCCCGCCGCGGGACCGGGGGGGUCCCUCUGUGUCCCCCACCGCGGCGGAGGGCUGGGAGAGGCUCUCGCUGGCCGAGCGGGUGGAGAGGAACCGGCGGCUGCUGCAGGAGGUGCUGGGCCUCGCCACAGCCGAGGUGCCGGCGAGCGACGGGGACUGGGACUCGGGGGUCUCGCUGCAGGACGCCGAGGGCUGCAGGGCCUUUGUCCCCGGGCAGGAGCUCGAGCUGAGCCCGCGGCACGAGCAGGCCAAGCAGCUGCUGCAGCGCGCCCGCAUGAAGGCUCGGACGAACCCCCUGCGCGCCAACCACAACAUCCUCCUCCUCCCCGCUGCCGCCGCCGCCGCUGCCGUCCCGCACCCCAGGGAGCCCAGCGGGAGGCCGAGCAUCACCCCGCGGGACGGUGGGAGCCUGAGCGACUCGUCGAGCGGGGAGUCGAGCUGCGGGCGGCCGUGGCGGCCGCGGGGACCCUCCCCGUCCCGCGUCCGCUUCGAGGACGAGUCGGCCCGCGACGCCGAGGUGCGGUACCUGGAGCGGCUGCAGCUGCGGCACUGGCGGGCGCUGGGCUCGGCGCUCUCCUCGCCGGAGCCGGCCGGCGGCGGGCAGCCAGGGGAUGGGGCCGGCCAGCCCAAAGCCCGGAGCGGCGACCUCGCGGCCGGGGGCAAGUGCAGUGCCUGUGGCUCCUUCCUUGGUGCUGCCUCCAGCCGGGGCACGGACACGCCGGCAGCCACCGACGCAGCCGAAAGUAGCCCUGCGGCACAAGGAAGCAUCCCGGGGGACAGCGGGGGGCUGAGCACUGCCCAGCCGGAGCCCAAAACCAGGGCUCUGGGCCCUCGGGGGUCCCCACUGUGGAUCCUCCCCUCCCGGCAGCGCAUCCACACUGAGAAGAUCAAGGAGACGUACAUCGGGGAUGUCACCUACAUCGACGAGGUGGACUCGGCCCUGGAGAGCACCGACACCUCCGAUGGCUGCCGGACGGACAGCGAGGAGGCAGGACCCCGCAGCCCCCACCCGCGGGGCUACCGGGACCCCCGGGCUCGCGGGCACAGGGCCCCCCGUGCCGCCCCGCAGCUGGAGGCGAGGGCUGGGAAGGGGACAUGCGUGGCCAGCGGUGGCCCCCGCGCAGGGGACGGGGGCUCAGGUGGUGCCACAAGCCGGACGGGGGCUGUUUGCCCCCCGCCGCCGGGGAGAGCUGGCAGCCGGGAGGAUGGGGACCCCCACCAGCAUCCGGGGGGCAGCAAGGGGGUGGGAAACACCACUCAUCCCCUGCAGCAGCCCAGUGAGCCCCUGGAUCCCGCCUUGCAGCCUGGGACCAGCACCCCCAUGCCGGGCACCCACCUCCCCACUCCCCCUCCCACCAAAAAGGCCUGCUCCCAGGUGCCUUGCAGGAAAGCCCUCUUCUCCGGUGGCAGCCGCCGGGCAUCGAACCAAGGAGCCCGGGGCCCAGAGCCCGAUGGUGGGAGCGCUGCGCCCUCCCAGCCCGGGGGCACGGCAGGGCCAGGGGAGCGGCGGGGUCCCUGCAGCCCCAGGUGGCUCCCGGGGAGCCCCCUCCGUGCCUUGUCCACCAACAACUGCAACAACACCCACGGGCAGGACCCCCCGGAGCCGGGCAGAGGUAAGAGAGCCAUGCCGAGGGGUGCCUGGGGGGGGUCCCCAGCGAAGCAGGGACGUGACUGUCUUGCUGCGGUUACAGGGGCACCGUCGCACCCCACCACCAGCCCUGUCACCCCUGCAUCCCAGGAGGCUGCUCGUCCUCCCGGGGAAGUUGCCAGGACACCUGGAGAACAGCAGCAGCAGCAGCACCCAGCCGGGAGCGUGGCACACGGGGAGCCGGGGCGGCCAGCGAGCCGCAAGGGCAGCAGCGCUUCGGCGUCGGGGCUGAAGAAGCUCCUGUGCAGCCUGAGCCAGAGCACGAAGCAGCGCCUGGGCCGCUUCCGCUGCUACAGCAUGGAGCAGCUCCCGGCCCCCGGCGGCACCCCCCCGGACAGCCCCGGCAUGAAGAAGUCGCCCUCCCUGCAGUCCCUGCAGCUGGUGUCACCCUUCUGCCAGCCCCAAAAAGCCACCUCUGUCCAGAGCCUGCACCCCCUCCUGGGCAAGGCACCCCGUGCCAGCGCCUACCUCCUGCCCCAGGCUGCGGCCGACAGGAAGGGGGGCUCAGGGCCGCGGCGCUCACUGAGCGUGGAGGACAUCGGGGCGCCCGGCCGGCUGCGCGCGGUGGGGCGCGUGGUGGAGGUCUUCCCCGACGGCACCAGCCAGCUGGAGCUGCAGCGACCCCCCCACGGCGCCUUCGGGUUUUGUGUCACCUCCGGGCACGGCCGGCCUGACACAGGUGUCUACGUGCAGGAGAUGGCGGACGCCGGCACGGCCAAGCUGUACGCGGGGCUCCUGGGCGUGGGGGAUGAGAUCCUGCAGGUCAACGGGGCGGCCGUCUCGGGGCUGGGGCUGGCCCGCAUCCGUGAGCUGCUGCUCCAGGCGGACACCCUGUCCCUCCGCGUGCUCAGGCACCGCCCGGCGCCCCGGUAGCCCUGGCACGGCUCCCGGGAAGCCCGGCGGGAGGAGGACGACGUCCCGGGAUGCCGCAGGACGGCACGGCGUGGACCGAGCCGCCUCGCGGCAUCAGGACCUGCCCUGCUCCGGUGCAAUAUUUGGCUCCCCGCUGCGGUGGGGGCAGGUGGGUUUCCCAGCCCCCUGGGAGACAGAGUGGGACCAAGGACCCCCCCAGACAGUGUCCAGCGUCUCCAGGAGCUGCCCCAGGUGUGGGGACCCGGGACAGCCCAGCCCUGCUGUUGAGCCAGGGUGGGUCUGUCCUACUGGAACGCGCCGUCCCUGCAUCCCCAGGAGAUGCGGGGUUCCCUGCCAGUGCUGGAAACCUGCGCCCGCGGCCUGGUGGGUUUCUUUUAAA